AUGUUAGUCGAUCCAAAGAAAGGCUAUAUUUUCUAUGGAACAGGAAUAUUGUUGCUCUUGCUGGCAGGAAUCAUUUUCUAUGCAGUUAAUUUAAGCGGAUCACUAGCCAUUUCGAAACAUUCAUCUCCUACCACCGAUAUUAGCCAAGUUGCAGAGCUUAUUCCCAUUCCAGAGCAAAAAAAGCAUGGUAUAAAAAUAGCAAAUAUGGUGAACCCCAUGCUGAAAACCUUGGGUAAAAGGAGAGAAGAACCUUUCUUUGAUAAUGGCAUUAACAUUUUGGGCAAGAUUUUUGUUGCCUUUAGUCUUAUAUUAAGCAUUGUGGCUGGUUUUGGUAUUCUUGCGAUUUCCCUUGUUUACAUUUGUGGACUAACAAUUUUUCCAUUCAUUUUGCACCUAUGGACUGAGUUCUUAAAUAUUUGUCAAGCUAUUGAGGUACCCGAACUCCCAGGAAAAAGCAAAAUUGCUUAUUUCUUUUCAAGGAUAAAGUCAAGAUUUUCCCGGCGUAAUUUAGAUGAUACAUAUCCACAUCCAAGUGCUCCAUCAUAUUAUACCGAGCAACAACCAGCAUUUAACCCUUAUUUUAAAGAAGAAGAAGAACCAAAGUGA